AGAACGCCACGAUGCCCGCGUGCCGUCCUGGCGCAGUCUCGAGCGCCGACAGCCAAUUAACGCCCGCCGGCAUUGAGGCGCCGGAAGCAACCCCAGCGCCCCCUGGUGAGGUCCGCGAGAAGUGGGGCCGCGGUAUCGAGUUCCUGCUAUCCUGCGUCGCUCUGUCGGUAGGAUUCGGCAACAUUUGGCGCUUCCCGUACACGGCGAUGCAGAAUGGUGGAGGCGCAUUCUUGAUUCCGUACCUGAUCGUGCUGUUCCUGGUCGGUCGCCCUCUCUACUACCUUGAGAUGGUGAUGGGACAGUUCGCGAGUCGCGGUGGUAUCAAGGUGUUUGAUGUGGCACCGAUGAUGCGAGGUGUUGGUGUAGGUCAGACACUUGCGCUUGUACUCAUUCUGGGGUACUACGCGGCCAUACUAGCGAUAGCCCUGCGAUACUUCAUUGCAUCCUUCAGCGUACCUCUGGCUUGGGCUCGAUGUGAUCUCGGAUGGGUUGGUUGUGUCGAUUCCGAGUUUAAAGGGCGCGUCCAGAAUGGCACCCUUCGUACCUCUGCCGAGUUCUACUUUAACCGAUCGGUACUGCAUAGCUACUGGAGCGUGGAAAAUGGCAUCGGAUGGCCGGAUUGGAAGCUGGCGUUGUGUCUGCUCGCUUGCUGGCUCUGCAUUUGUGGCAUCUUGGUUAAGGGCAUCCGCAGCUCUGGAAAAGCGUCCUAUUUCUUGGCCAUUUUCCCGUACGUCAUUUUGCUGGUGCUGCUCGUGCGCACGUGUACGCUGAAUGGAGCCGAAAAGGGCAUCAUGUUCCUGUUGAAACCGCAAUGGUCCAAGCUGCUUAGCGUUAAGGUCUGGUAUGCUGCAGUGACUCAGUGCUUCUUCUCGCUGACGAUUUCACUUGGUUCGGUCAUCGUGUUCGCUUCGUACAACAGCUUUCAUAACAACAUUUAUCGUGAUGCCAUGAUCAUCUCCUGGCUUGACACCUUCACGUCCAUCAUAUCGGGCAUCGUCGUGUUCGGUAUCGUCGGUAACAUCGCGGACAUCACCGACGAUCGCAUGGAAGACAUGCAGCUUCAAGGGCCCCAGCUGACCUUCAUCACGUACCCGGAUGCGAUCGCAAAGUUCGAUGCCGCCCAAAACUUGUUCGCCGUGCUGUUCUUUCUGAUGUUCUUCCUGCUCGGGCUGGGUAGCAACACUGGCAUCGUGACGACGAUCGUGGCCGCCAUCCGUGAUCGUCAUCCACACCUGCCCAACUGGAAGGUGGUUGUGAGCAUCUCGAUUUUUGGGUUCGCGUGCGGGCUCGUCUACAUCACGCCGGGUGGUCUACACGUGCUGGAUGUAGUCGAUAGGUACGGUGUGACGAUGACGAUUCUCACACUCGUGAUCUUGGAGCUCAUCACCUUCUGCUGGCUGUACGGUGUAGGGCAAAUUGGGCAGGACAUCCAACUCAUGCUUAACAGAAAAACGGGCAUAUUCUGGAGAGUGUGCUGGGGCUUUCUAACCCUCGGCAUAAUCGUCGUCAUAUGGCUGUUUAGCUUCAUCAGCUAUUCUUCGCUUUCGGAACCCUUCGGUCUCACAGUAUUCGGUUGGUGCCUGUACACGGUCGUUGUUAUGCAAGUGGCAAUAUGGGCAGUGCUCGCUUUGCGUAAUAGUACCGGAGAGGGUCUUAUCGAAAAGAUAAAAUCAGCAUGCAAACCAACACCAGAUUGGGGUCCAGAGGAAUCCAACAUGAAACUGCGCUAUCAGAUAGAGCGAACUAAGCGCAAGGAAGAAGUGGCAUCGCAGUACGAUGGAAUGGGAAAGAACGUUAUACGAAAGCUUUGCAACACUUUUUAUCGCAAAUAA